AAAUAUUGCGUAUGAUUUUCAUGAGAGUUUUACAAAGUUUGUAUGGGAUCCGUGUGGAACAUUUUUACACGAUGCCAGUGACAUUUGAAACAGCAUAUCCUCAGAUUUUUGAAGGCUUUCUACCCAUAGGAAACCUAUUUGUUAAUAUGGAGCGAUUUUUCCCCAUCUGUCGUGUCAAUGACUUCCAGAUUGCAGACAUUAUACAUCCAAAAGCAAACAGGACAGCUCGAUUUUUGAGUGGUAUUUUAAAUUUUCUAUUCUUCUGUGACUCACGGCGUGAAGUCUACUUGGAAAUCCAGAGUGUACAUAAAGCAGCAAUGGAGAAAGAGCAACAACUUCAGGUGGCAAUUCAGGAUGCAACACGGAAGCUGGAAAAGAUGGAUAUUGUUCCUGCAGACCAAGAAGUAGAGUUCAAGGAGCUGUCUCAAGAAAUUCAAGAACUACAGCAUAAACUCAACCAAGAAUAUUGGCAGAAAACAAAUGUUUUACAAGAAGUGAUCCACCAAAAAAGAAUGGAAAUUGCAGAAAAAAAUCAAAAUUUAAACGAUCUGAAAAUGGCAGUCUGUUAUCUAAAACAAGAACAAGAGCAACUGAAGUCCAGGAUUACAGAGUCUCCAGAGACACUCACUAAUAUCAGGGAACGGAUGAAGCAGACACAGCAGAAGAUUAAAAAAGACAAGCAAGAAGUAAUUGAGAAGUAUGAAUCUUAUAGAGACUUGGUAGAGAUGUUUCCAUCGUGUCAACAGGAGGUCCAAUUUUAUAGAAAGAAAAUGCAAACACAAGGAGCAAAUAUGGAUAAGCUAUCAAAUAUAUUGGCCCAGAUCAGAAUGUUGGAGGACCAGAUUGAGAAUAGCAAAAGUGGACUGAAGAAUGCUAAGACAGAGGAAAUAUCAUUGAAGAGAUUAGUCACAGUUAAACGUGAAAAACUUGCUGCUGUUGAAAUUAAACUUAAAAAGAUAUAUGAGAAUACUGAACUACAGAAACAGGCGAUAACUGAAUGCUGCAAUAAAUUUCAAGAGAAGAGAGGAGUUGUCUGUGAAAAACUGACAGCAACAGACACAGAAAUCAUGCAACUCAAAGGUGCCAUUCAACAGCUCAGUGACAGUAUUGGGAAAGAGAAGGUGAAAGAGAAGGAGAUCUACCUCAGCUUGAGGGUUGGCUUGGAGAAAUACCAUGAAAAUCUGGCCAGGACAAUGAACAGCUACAUAUCAUCGAGAGAAGACAAAAUUGAUCAAUUAAUUGGACUUUUUUGAUAUUGUAAUUCUAAGUAUUUUAUAUCAUUUUCUUGAGCUAAAAAUAUCAAGUAGCCUGUUAAUUGCAGAACUAUAGAGCUUACAAAUUUCUGUUGAAGUGUCAAAUGACUAUUUUCUGGUUUCCAUUAUGUUAAUAUUUUCUUAAAUGAGUAGUAUUGAGAGAUGCAAACUUGGAUUUGCUUUCAUCGGAUAAUAGCCUUACGAAUGGACAUAUAUUUCUAAAUUUUCUUUUGUCAUAUAAUAAAGAUUUGUGAAUCUAAAAGUUUAUAAACCCUAACUCAACAUUUUCUCUGUUAGUCUGGUUCUUUUUAAUCACUUUGUAAAAAAAAAUCACCUGAAGUUUCAGCAACAAAUAUUGGCCAUUGAAGUUUUUGAAUUUCAAGAUCUUAUGCAUACUAUUGCAGAUAAUUCCUGUAGUAGAGGAGUAUCAGACUCACAUCAUUACAGCAGUAUCACAUGAUGUAUUGAGACUUUUUUUCCCUUUGCUAAACUGGGCGUGGGCGUGGCCAGCAUGUGACGCAUCUGGCCCAUGGGCCAGGAGUUUGACAGCCCUGCUCUAGCACAAAUUAUUUUAACAGCCCAAAUCUCAGAAGAUUAUUAAAUUCUACAAGAUCUUGGCCUUGCAGAAAAUCUUGCAAACAUUUGCUCACACCAUGCUAGGAAUAUUUAAUCUUGAAAUUGGAGUCCUAUGAACAUCAUCUGAAUGACUUGCCUGAGCUAAGGUGCCCACUGCAUCAUGUUUCUGAUAGAGGGCUUACAUAUGAUUUAGAAAUUUGCUAAAAAAUAAAAGUUAAGACUCAUUAACCUACAUGUUUCAUUUUUCUAUAUAAACCAAAUUUGAUAAUCUCUUUCUGAUGCAUUAAUGGUGAUGUGUUUAUAAAGAAUAUAACAUGGAUAUUUUUUUUAUAAAAAUUGCUAAUUUUUAUCUAAAGGAAUCUUUAGCUCAAUAUUAAUUAGCAACCUCAAAUUCAGCAUUUUAAUAAAGAUUAGAUUUAUAUUCAAUAAAAGUCCAUAAAAGUUAUUGUUUUACUCAUUUUAAUGAAGUACUAUAAUAGAUAAAACAAUAACUUUUCAAAUGUU